AUGGACAACGAGCGACUACCCAAACGACUCUUCUACGGAGACGUCGCGACGGGUUCUCGCCGUCAAGGAGGCCAAAUUCGCCGUUACAAGGAUACCCUGAAGUCCUCCCUGAAGCGUCUGCAAAUCAACCCGACCAACUGGGAAGAGCUAGCACUCGAUCGGCCGACCUGGAGGAGGACAGUGAAGACGGGCGCAGCGCUCUACGAAGCCAAUCGCAUCGCUGCCGCCAAAGUGAAACGCGAAGCCCGUAAAUCACAACUUCGCCCAGUCCGCAACGCCGACGCACAACCGCUACCUACGCGUCCUCGGUGUCAACGGACAUUCCGUGCUGGCGCCUACACUCUUCAGUUUUAUGUUCUCUGCCAUGCUGAUGGACGCCUACCACGACGAACGCCCUGGAAUCCGCAUCGCCUACUGCCACCUUCCACGCCAGUGGGAAGUGUGCAUCUCGACUCGGUCCCCAUGCGGCCCCGGCUGCACGGGUUAUUUGAGUCUGAGACUAUCCCGACACGUCAAGCGUCGUGGAUAGGAAGGUUGCUGAAUGACGCCCGCACUUGGCUCACUCAGUUCGUCGCGUUGUGUGUAGUGGCGGACUGGUGGGCUGACGACGGGCUGAAACAGCACCUUCCACGUCCCUCUUACGCAAGUGAGAGACACGCCGUUCAACCCCCGUUGUGUGAAAUCCUGCUGUUUGUGUCUGUAUGGGGGCCAGGUCGUGCUGUGGCGCGCGCAGGCAUGGUCAGUCUACCGUGCCAGCCACCGCGCCCAUUCCUCACUCUAGUCUACUGA